GGGGGGUUGGACUAGAUGACCUCCUGAGGUCCCUUCCAUCCCUGAUACUCUAUGAUUCUAUGAUUCUAUGGUCUCCAUCUCAGGGCCAGACGGUUCAUCUUGGCAUUAGUGGGCACUUAGGCUCUGUGCCAACAUGGGGCAAGGGAGGGGGGAAUAUCUUCUCCCAGCCUCAGAAUCAGGUCUUGGGGAGAGCCCUGACCCAGGAGACAAGUUCUGCUGGGUCUCAGCCCGUUAGUGCCAGUCUGGGCAGAGGGGCACUGGGGUAGAGCCCAAGCCCCAGUGCCAUGAGCUGCAUGUCAUGGCAAUGUCCAGGCCCACCAGGCUGCUGCUGUGUGCCAUGACAGUCAGAGGGAGCCGUCCCUUCCCUCCCUGGCUCUGGGCAAAGUUUCUCUCUCCCUGCCACUCCAUCCCUACCCCGUCCAGUCCUGUCCAUUUCACCCAGGGGCAGAUCACUGCUCCCUGGGGGCAGUUAUGGGGCCUGAUUCCCAAUGGGGUGACCCUGGAAAAGGGCAGGCAGGCAGCAUGGGGGGAACAAUGACCAGUGUGGGUGCGGGGAUGGAUAGCAGCCACCCUCCUGGGCAGACCCUCUGCUAAGCUGGCCCCCUUUCCCAGAGGAGGGGAGCAGUAGUGCCUGGGUUCCUGAUUGCCCCCCUGCAGGGGUAUCAGGGAGGUGCUGGGGGUCAUUAACCCCACUAGCUUCCAUGGGGCAGCUCUGAUGGGGCAUAGAGUGAGGCCUCUGGGGCAUGUUCUUUGAGCUGGGGGUGAUGGGCAGAUGUCAAGAAGAGGUCCCCGUGCCUGGCACAGAUGGGCCCUGCAUCCAGAUAGAGUGAGGAGUGAGUGGGCAUAGAGUAGCCGAGGCUUGUGCCCUCAGCAGCAGCAGCUGACAUGCCAAUGAGACCUGCCCCACCCCCUCUGUGGGAGAAGCAGGAUGGGCUGAGAGCAGGUGCGGGGAGAGCGGACCCACCCGCAGACUGAGGGAAAGGGACAGUGGCUGGAUGGAGAGAGGGAGAAAUGUGGGAGAGGAGGAGGGGAAGCCCCAUCCCAACCCCUCCUGCUCUGGCUCAGGAAGGCGGCCCCUGCCCCGAGAUGGGGAAUCCCUGCAAGCCACCUUUUGGCACCUCUCCACCCAGGACCUUAUUCCUCCUGCUGCUGCAGUCCUCCCACCCACAGGAGACCUCACUCAGCACGGGGGCAGGGCAGCCCCUGCUCUCCAGAGGGGGAAACUGAUGCACAGUGCUCAUCUGGCCCAUCAGCAGCAGAGCUGGGGAUAGGACCCAGGAGUCCUGACCACACCCUCCCCUCACUCCUAACACCACUGCUCGCUCACUGUUAGGGGCUAGGUCUCUCUGUUCUCCAUAUCCUGGGCACCCCUUCACUGGGCCAACAGUCCCUGACUGGCAGGUCUAUGCUGCCCCGCAAUGGGAGGGAGGGAGUGGGUCAGAGCCAUUCUGUGCUGUCCAGCUGGGAGCUAGUUAGAGCAGCCCUGAGGCUGGCACAGCCUGGCACACCUAGGGCAGGUCUCAGAUCAGAGCCCCGCUGUGCCAGGGGCUGCACAGGGUAAGAAUACAGAUGAACUGGUUUCAGAUGCUAUUUUUAUUAUAAGGACCUACCCAGUAUCCACAAAGAGCUCAUGGUUUAACUAGACAAAGGACGGCUCAUCAUUCCCUAUGGUUGCCUGUGGGAGAGGCAGACAUUGAAGCCAGAUCUCCUGGGUCCCAUUCCAGUGCAUCAGCCGCAAGCCCAGCUGCCCCCGUCACGCUGUCUGGAAUGGCUCAUGAGACUGUGAGUGCCAACCUCAGGGCAGGCUGUCAAACACAGGGCAGACACUCCAAACUGGUGGAGUAUCUAUCAUUAGAUUUCACCAACCAAGUUCCAAACGUAAUCUCCUGGAUCACUAUACCAGUGUUCCCCCAGAGUCAUAGACAGUCUCUCAGACGCUCCACUCUAUCUUGUCACCCAGACAAACUGGACUUAGUGAUAAAUGGUCACUUACACCAAAAAUCACAGGUUGCUCCCAGUCCCAAGAGACCAGUCACUUACCCCAGAUCAAUUGUUACCCUAGAUCUUACACCAAAGACAACGCUCUGCAAUAAACUAUCUAAAGGUUUAUCAACUAGAAAAGAGAAAUAAGGGAGUUAUAUACAGGUUAAAGCAAAGCAGAUGUAACCAGAGUCUGAAUGAACUCUCCCCUGACAUCUAGUGGUGAGCUGUGGAAAAAGACUUCAGAAUCUGAUCUCGUUUGCAUGGACACACCCACCCUGCCUAGGCACUCAGCAUGAUGGGAUUGCUUCCCCAAAUGAUCACAUGACACUGGUGUUGGAUCCUCAGUCUCCUUGUUAUUGGGGGAGUAGUAAUAAAGCGUUGUUAUCCUUGUUGUGUGAACUGAGGGCAGCAGAACUGUACCUGGCAUACCCUGAUGGAGGGACUCACCCUCAGGCAAGACCAUGUGCUAGGCAAGGGAUGUGGGUUCCAACAGCAAGUGACUGUAAGAGAGGGGGUGGGAAAGAAUGUGGAGUUGUUAGGGGGGUUAUUUUAAGGGUCUUAUUUCUGUGUACUAGUGAUUCUAGGUCUUAAUUGAAUCUAUAUUAGAUCUUCUAUCACAGUAUGGAAAGAAUACAGAUGAACUGGUUUCAGAUGCUAUUUUUAUUAUAAGGACCUACCCAGUAUCCACUGAGGGAGAGGGGGGUGAAGAUACUUUGGCAAGUGGCCAGCAGGAUGAUGAGUUGGCCCGCCUGGUGCAGCCCUCGCUGAGACUGCUAGGAGCGGUGAAUGGAGCCAUUUAACACCUCACACUCCAACUGGACGCAACUCUUUACUCCGGAACCCUUUAUACCGGCAUCAUGGCGAGCAGCCUUCCUGAUUGCCACGCUGGGCAUCGGGCUGCCAGCCAACGCCUUCAUCAUCUGGCUGACAGGGUGGCGGCUGCGGCGCCGGGGCCUGUCCGUCUUCAUCCUAAGCCUGGCCACCUCUGACUUCCUCUUCCUCUCCACCACGGUCAUGCAGAUCAUGGAGACCUUGCUGGACGACAACUGGGUGCUGGGCACUGCCAUGUGCCGCCUGCGCUACUUCCUCUACGACUUGACCUACCACUGCAGCCUCUUCCUGCUGGCUGCCCUCAGCGUGGACCGCUGCCUGCUGGUGCUGCUGCCCCUCUGGUACCGCUGCCACCGCCCCCUGCGGCUCUCCAGCUACAUCUGCUUGGGGGCCUGGCUGGUGGCCGCCCUGCUCAACAUCAAGAGCUUCAUCUUCGCCGACGUCAUCCGGUAUCCAGACGGGAUGCUCGUCUGCUCCAGCAUCCGGGGACAGUACGAGUGGCCCCUGCGCCUGCUGGAGGUGCUGGUGGAGGGACUCUUCCCCUUCGUCAUCAUGGUGACCACCCAUGCCGCCACCUUGUCCCACACCUUCCGGCACCACACCCGGCCCCCCAGCAAGUUCUACCGCAUUGUGGCCGCCACCCUGUCAGCCUAUGUGCUGCUCAACCUCCCCUUCCAGAUCGUCCAGCUGCUCUUCCUGGUCUCCUGGGAGCAUGAGGAGUUCAACAAUCGCAUCUUCCCCUUCAUGGUCUACUUUGGCUACCUGAUCAACCUCAACAGCAGCAUCAACCCUCUCAUCUACAUCUUCUUCGGCUCCAACAUCUGCACAGGCUGCGGCCACCACAUGACUUCCUCCCUUGCCACGGUCCUCACCGAGGAACAAGAGAGGAGCCCCAGGGACAUGUCCAGCACGUCCUUCUCAGCCUAGCCUUGCCAGCAAGACCCUGGGGGGGGGGGGUCUGUGCACGAUUGUAGGUUCACUAGUGCAAAGACUUGUGUAAAUGGGUGCAAGGUGGAGCUUGGUCAGGUGCAACCAGCUCCUGGAAGCUACCAGGAGAAGUCACACCAGUGCCAAGGCCCAGUUUGCCUAGACAAACUCCAGCAGGGACAAAGAUCCUCAGCAGAUGCAAACCAGGCCCAGCUCCACGCAGGUCAAUGGCUCGGGAACACCAGGCCCUAGGCAAGGCAAUGUAAACACUGAUGUGCUGCAGCUGCCAACCUACAGGUGCCAGGAGACACUGCGGUGAAGGGGACUCUGCUCCUUUGUCAGAGCCGGCUCCAAGGUUUUUGCUGCCCCACGCAGCAAAAAAAAAAAAAAAAAAAAAAAAAAA